ACCCCAACACAGAUCUAUCACCUUGAAAAGAAAAUGCCUUCCGCAACAGUCAUGGAGAUUGAUACAAAUGAAGAUCAUUACAAUAACUGGCCUAAUGACAAAGGUUUCGAUCCUGAAUACGAACAGCGCGAGCCGGUUGAACUAUCUGUGGCAGGACAAAUUCCUACAUAUGCCGCUGGAACUCUAUACCGUACAGGGCCAGGGAAAAGCCAACUGAAAACUGAGAAUGGAGAAACACUACGGCUCUCCCACUGGUUCGAUGGAUUCGGUCAAACCCAUCGUUUCCAGAUCUUUGCUCCAGAGGGCUCUCAUACUUCGCCUCGGGUUUUCUACAACUCUCGCUUCUCAACUGAUGAUCUGAUCGAAAACGCAAGAAAGACGGGGUCUCUAGAUACGUUCAGUUUCGGACAGAAACGUGAUCCUUGCAAGAGUGUCUUGGGCAAAGUCCAGAGUGAAUUUGUCCCACAACCCACUCCGUCGAGUAGGAACAUAUCUGUCACCCUUUCAAUCAACGUCCCCGGCCUCGACUCUAAGACCGAUGAAUCGACUUCUCGCUGGGGCGAUUCUCAAGGAAUUAGAACUCUCUAUGCAAAGACCGACUACAAUGCCUUCAAGAAGCUCGAUCCAGAAACCCUGGAGCCCAUCGGCCUGGCCUCGCAGGCUACCCUGCACCCUGAACUGUCGGGACAACUCUCUGCAUCUCAUGCACGAUCGGACCCUAUCACGGGAGAUAUGUUCAAUUACAAUCUCACGCUAGGACCAACCUGUACAUACCGUGUCUUCAAGGUCUCGGCUUCAACGGGGGAAACCACAAUCCUUGCAACUUUCCCCACGACACCAGCUUAUCUUCACUCCCUUCUCAUCACGGAGGACCAUGUUGUGCUAUGUGUGUGGAACGCGCACAUAAAUCCACAACGGUUGGACUCCUCGUUCAUGGAGUCAAUCUUGCCAACAGACCCAAGUCAGCCAGCAGUGUGGUAUGUCAUUGACCGUAAGCACGGCAAGGGGUUGAUCGCAACAUACGAAAGCCCUGCAUUCUUUUCCUUCCACACGGUCAACGCAUGGCUCGAACCCUCAAAGGCGAAUCCUACGGAGAUGGAUAUCAUCGCAGACGUUGUGAGAACCGACAGCUCUGAAUUUGUGCAGUCUGUCUAUUAUGAGAACUUGAUCUCUUCAUUGGAUACGGCCAAGACCUUCCAGAAGAAGAGAGACGAUUCUUUCCGUACAUCUUUCACCCGGUUCCGCCUUCCUGCCGUGCCUUCCACUCCAUGCACCGAUCCCAAGAAAGCAACAGUCGAGUGGUCCGUUUGCAAAUCGAUGUCGCCUGAGCUGCCAACUAUGAAUCCGAAAAUAGUCACUCAGAAACACCGAUAUGUCUACGCUGUGACCUUCCGUGGAGAGUCAACUCUGACAGAUGGUAUCAUGAAGCUCGAUUGUGAUACCCAGCAAGUUCAGCUCUGGGCAUGCCACGGACAAUCGCCCGGUGAGCCCAUUUUCGUCGCUAAUCCCGAGGGGACCAGUGAGGAUGAUGGUGUACUACUCAGCGUGGUUCUCGACGGAAUGCAUGGCAAGAGUUAUUUGCUCUGCCUUGAUGCACGUAGCUUGGUGGAAAUUGGCCGAGCAAAUGUUGAUGGGGCUGUUGGGUUUGGAUUCCAUGGACAGCAUGUCCCGGCUGUGGGUGGGAUGCCUACGGGUGACUACUGA